GAUGUCCAUACGUACAUACACUCUGGUUCGUUCUAGAAAUCUUUGGACAUAGCGACAAGUUUUGGGAAGCGAUACCGUGUAAAGUUAAACAUGUCAGAAACUUUGGAUACUAAUGCUGAUAUCGUCAAGUCCAUGUCUUUAGCCAUACCAGCUGAUUCACCCAAGAAACCAGUUAAAUCUACAGCGAUCGUAAAAUAUUCGACCGUUCAGACGCCAGCAACUUAUGCUCAAUUACAAUGCAACACAGACUUGAAUUUACCACCAAGCAAUUGGCUCAGCAGCUCUGCAGAAAGCUACGGAUUACAAAGUGUUUGGUCUCAGACUUCUGGAUUUUCCAGUUUUCGCAUGGCGCAUAUGUUUCCUGAUUGUGUCGGGGAAGUUGAUGUUGUAUCUGAUGCAGAAAAUAUAAAGAAACUGCUUAAGUUACCUUACAAUCAUGGAAUAAUAUCCAUGGUAGUUCACAGAAUUGAAAAUACCCUGUUGUUGGAUGAUUUUGAUAUUCAUAAAUAUCUACUCAGACAAGCAGAAAAUGACUGGGAAUGGUUGAAAAAGUUUUUUUAUGAGCACAUUUUCCAGAAUCUGGGAGAUAAGGACAAAUGUCUAUUUCACAAGACAAGUAGCAGAAAUACUUUGCAACAAAAGAAUUUGGUAUCCAAAUUUUUGUAUCACUCUAUAGUAGUGGCAGAUGAAAAACAGCAGCAUGUAAAACCACAACUACCCGUGAAAACAUUAGAACCAUGUCUACCAGAACCUUCGCAAGAAGAAAAAGUACCAGAUCCAAAUUAUAAUCAUAAUUUUGCAAGAAACAUUGUGUGGACUUUUGAGAACAUACAAAUGCUUAUUGGUACUGAUAUGCCAAUAUUUGGAGGGCUAACUCAUCCUUGCAUCAGUCUGAGAUUAAGGGACAUGACUAAACCCAUUAAUGUUCUGACUGGUAUAGAUUAUUGGUUGGAUAAUUUGAUGUGUAAUGUUCCAGAAGUAGUGAUGUGUUAUCACUUGGAUGGUAUCGUGCAAAAAUAUGAAUUGAUAAAAACUGAAGAUCUUCCUAAUUUAGAUCAUUCUAAAUUCAGUCCAAAAGUUAUCAGAGAUGUUGCACAGAAUAUUUUAAGUUUCUUAAAAAAUAAUGCAACAAAAGCUGGACAUACUUAUUGGCUGUUUAAAGGAAAGGAUGAUGACGUGGUGAAAUUGUAUGACUUAACAUCUUUGUGUCACGAUGUGUCAGAUGAAAAGGGUCAAAAUCCAUUUACUGUACCUGUUGCUAUGUUACUAUAUAGAGUAGCACGUAACAUGAAAUACUCCUCUGAUUAUCACAGACAGCAGGGCACCAUCAGAAUGCUACUAAAGAAUUGCAUACAGUUAUUAGCUAAAGAAAAGUAUCCUCAAAUUGUAACAUCCGCACAUUUUAUGUUAUCCGAUCUUUAUAUACCAUCGGAUACAGAUCCAGUUAGCCCUGGAUUAUCCGAUCAGAGUGACGAAGAAGAUACUCAGAGCGAAUCGAGCGUAUAUCAUGAAAGCGAAAGAGACGAGGACGAAGAACACGAAGUAGAUGCAAUAAAAUCUUUGGCCUUAGCAAAUAUAAAGGAACAUGCGGAAUGCGAAGAACCCAAGUAUAAACCACCACCAAUUUCGGGUACAAUUAAGGAACGAUGUUUAGCUGCUUUGGAACAUGUUUGCGUCGGACUUGAAUGUCUGCAAUACUUUCCGACCAAUGAUAGCGUGGAAGAAGAACAAAAGAAAGCGGAAGCACAAGAGAAAGAGAAGAAACAAUACGAAGAAACUCACUUGAAUAUGGCGAAACCUUUUGAGGCAAUUCCAAUGCCUUACUCGUCCUUGAAGGAUAACAAGAAGGAUGUAGAAUUAGAAGAAAAUUUAGUAACCACUAGUCCUGCCCAUAAGAAGAAAUUCAAGCAGAAGAAGAUCAAAAAACCCGAUAAAAUCAUCACGAAAGAAAAUCCUAUUGAAAAUGAACCGAAAGCAUUGUUGUGUAAACUUAAAGUUGGAACACUACCUACGUGGCAGGCACCUAAAAAGAGUGAUAAUAUUAGUUGGAACGCUCACUUGAAAACGUUAUUGUACGAGAAAGCUUCGUUGAUUUUUGCUGUACUCGCGGAAAAUGAAUACGCCAAUAGAAAUUGUGGAGCGUCAUUAAGAUACAUUUUAGCUCUAUUGCGCUGUCAAAAAAUAUUAGAAAUCUUUUGCGGUAUACGGAACGAUAAGUCGAUUAGUUAUUUAUUAGGUCGCGCCGGAGACUGUCUCUUUAUGGCUGUGCAAGAUUGGUGCAACGUCGAAAAACACAGAAAAGACUAUGAAAUGAAGAAUGCGAUCGAAGAAAGAAUCGUCGAAGAAAUAUGCACCAUGGAAGAUUUAGAUAUGAAUGGCGCUGAAUUACUGCCUCAACAUUUAGAAAGUUUGGAAUCUACCUUAGUAGCAUCGUACAAAUGCUACGAAAAAGCCUUAUCGUUGGAACCGUUGGAUAUGGAUAAGAAAAAUCUUUUAAUACGUUUAGGAAAUAUUAAUAACGAAUUAGGUGUACUUUACAUGAAUCAAGCUGAAGCACGCUAUCAGCAAGAAAGUUCAGAGGAAGAAACAGAAUCGUCCGCUAAUGUACAAGCGUUGCUUAAUCGCUCUUUAACUCAUUUAGAAGCGGGCGUAAAAGCUUUUGAAGCGAUUCACGAUGAAGCAAAUUUAGCAUUUCUACACUCGAAUACUGGAAGACUUAUGCGGCUUUGUGCACACGUGCACGUGAAACAAAACAGUCAAGAACGUCACUUUUAUAACAAAGCACUUUCGAGUUAUCAAAAAGCCUUACAAGUUUUAGGUUCCAGAAAGACAAAUCCUAUGAUUUGGGACACGAUCACGUGGGAGCUGUCCACUACCUUGUUUACUAUGGCUACAUUAUUGCAGGACUAUCCGACAAGUGGAUACAAAUCGGAGGAAGAAUUGGAACGAGAAGUUGUCGAUAUUUUGCAAAAAGCUCUGAAACAUUGCGACACCGAAACACCUGGACCACGACAACCGGUUUAUCAAUUUCGUGCAGCGACCAUCCAACAUCGACUCGCGUCUUUAUAUCAUAGCGUCUACAGAGAAUGCGAACCAGACACGGAUAACAUUAAGAGGAAAACCAGUUUGCAGUUAUGCAAAUUGUAUUACGAUAAAGCUGCAAAAUUAUUGUUGUCUUUGGAGCAAACCACGGAAUUUCUAACUGUACAAAUGGAAAGGGUUGCUUUAGCGGAACAUCAAGCACGUUGUGCCACGACGUUCAACGGCAAAUUAAAAGCAUAUCAGAACGGACUGGAAUUAAUAUUGCAGUGUAGACCUAUUAUGGAUAUAUUACGCGAUAAAAAUAACUCUCAGAAACAGACGAUAGGAACUACAAAUGUUAAUACUAAUAACAAAGUAUCGAAAGACAGUGUAGAAGGAGGAAAGGAAAACACAAACGACGAACAAAAGUUGAUGGAAGACGAAGAAAGUUUAGUGAUAUUACUCGAACAGAGGUUGCAAUUUAUCCUGCGAUCUCUAACGAAACUAUUCGUUACCAAGAACAGCAGUAGCAAUAAGAAAGAGUCUGAAACACAGGCCAACUUGUACAAACAGUGUUACAGUAAAACAUUACGACUAGUCACGAUGACCGGUUUGACGUUAAUAGAACAUAUUGCACAACUUUUACGAGAAUUGGAGAAAAUGUUGUCGUCUACGGAAUCUUGAACGUACAUAAAUGUGUAUAUAACAUAGCUGUGAAAACAACGCGUAACGCGUCGAUCGACAAUUGCACUUUGAUGGUGGACGGAGUUUACCGUUUUAAGGAUUCUUUAUGACUGGUCGUUAAUGCUGGCCAUUAACGCUGGUCAGUAUAUGGUGAGAAGCGAGAAUGAGAUGUCGAAGGAAACAUUCUUUUAAGUCACUGUAUCUAAAAUCCUCGAGACUUUUUUUAAUUCUAGGGUGUAAAUAGUAAAAUUGAAGCUCUUAUUUAUAUAUGAUUUAUAACUGGAAAAUAAAUAGCUUAAACCAACGAUAA